AUGUCAGAUAACAUCUUCGGGUUUUCAUUUUCUGAUUCAUACUUUUAUAACUCUAAUAAAAAGUGGGACAAGCAACAACUUGAAGACCAAGAAUUCAUACAAUUACAAUAUGAACAACAAAAUGAUAAAAAAUCUGAUUGCAUUAAUGAAGAUAAUGAAUAUAAAAUUAAAGAUAGUGCUAAAUUUCCUAAUUGGGAUACUUUUGAAAGAAUGUUGAAAAAGCAUAAGCUAGAAGUUGGAUUCAAGUUUAUAAAGUUUCGGUUAGAAUGCGAUAACAAAGGAGAUAUACUUCGUCAAUAUUUUGUUUGUAAAAAUUCAAAAGAGUAUCAACCCAAAAAAAAGACAAUUGAUGCAGACCAUAGAGAAAGAGAUUCUAAGAAACAUUGUUGGAAAGAUUUAUUGAUUCAAUAUACUGCAAGCAAAGAUUAUUUAAACCAACUUUGGAAAACUCAGCAAUCGUGGGCUAAAAUAUAUAUGCUUACAACUUUUUGUGCUGGAAUACAAAGCACGCAGUGGGUAGAAAGUACAAACGGGCUUAUUAAAGCAGAACUUUCAAAAUAUAAAAAUGUAUUACCUACCAAAGGACUUUCAAGUAUUCAAAGUGUUUUUUUUAAACCUGUUCAAGAUGCAAUCAAAGAGUAUUUAAUAUUAAAAUCUGCAUCUGUUCAAAAUAUUCAAAUAUCCCAAAGCAUUUUAUAUCACACAAGUUUGUUUGAAAUUUCAUAUAAUUUAACUUUGCUUCUUAAUGCUCAUGAAUAUAUGGAUGGAUACCUUGAAGAUGAGUAUGAUGCAUUACAGGCUUCACUGGAAAAUAUUAUAAAUAUGGUAUCUCAUAAUGCCAAGUUUGAUAUAAAGCUUAUAUCUAAACAUUGGUAUACCGAUUCUAUGCAAGCAUCCAAUUAUUCUGUAAUUCCAGAUACAUCUUAUAUGGAGUAUGACACAAAUGAAGAAAUAAAUCAAGUUAUUUCUAUUCAUGAACCUGAUAUAUAUAGAGCUAGCAUUCAUAAUAAUAUUACACAAAAACAAGAUUAUGCAUAUGGCUUUGGUAUAGCCAAAAGCGAGUUAAAAUUUGCACUUGAAAAUGUGUUAGUCAAUGAAUUUGUAGGACUAAUAACAAGAUUUAUUGAAAACCAUACUGGUGUUGAUACCAAUAAAAGAAUGACAGUUGAUAUUACUCAAAUUGAGAAUCCAAAGAAAUUAAAGUAUAAAGGGCAUCCAAAGUUGCCUAAACCAGUACAGCAGAGUAAUAUUCAAAAUUUAAACACAGGGUGUAAACGAAUCGCUGAAAUAGAUACUGAAGAUGAAUAUGUUGAAGAAAGUUCAUCAUGA